AUGUCCCUCACCCGGAAGCCGCCGACUGCCCCGGCCCAGCCGGCGCCCGGCCGUACCUCGCGGACGGGUCCGCCAUCCGGGCUGCCCGGGGCCCGGCCACCGGCCCCCCCGUCGGCCGGGGCGCCGCCAGCCGCCGGAGCGCCUGGGACGGUGACCGCCCGGCCACUUGGCCCGAUGGCCGGGGCCGCCGUCCGCAAGGUCGACACCGUCAUCAUGGAUCUCCUGCACAUGGAGCUCGUGAACUCCUACCUCCAGCGGGCGUCAGAUCCCACAAAGCCCCUGACCCCCGGCGAGAUCGAGACCUUCCGCCAGGAGAUCGAGGCAAUCGGCUCGGCAGCCGGGGCGCGCUUCUUUGCCAGCGAGUCCAUCCACUUGACUGCCUUCGGGCCGACGGAUGCCGUUCGCUUUGUGUGCAAUGGCUUGUGGCCAUGCUUUUUCCAGAACAACAUUUCCAACCUCCGAUCCAAUCGCCUGGAUGUCUUCGUCAUGACCGACAGCGCCUAUCGGCCAUUCACAUGGUGCUCAUCGAUGAAUGACUUCGCCCCGUCCGGCGGGGCGCACUCGGUCGCCUCGCAACUGAUGCCGUACACCUGGUUCGCGUGUGGUGCCAUCUCCGGUGCCCUGGCCGCCAGCGGCUGGAAGUGCAAGGUCACUUCGGAGAUCAACAAGGCUCCCGGAUGCGACUUCGUGGUUGUCAUCCUCAACGUUUGA